CUUCAGGCCACACCCUCAGCUUCUAAACUACUACUCUUUCAGCCAUUAACUUUCUCUUGGGCUUUUGUGCUUUGGUGGGUUUUCAGUAUUUCGACUGCAUUGGCCUCUCUAUGCUUAUUAAGUCUCUAUUGAUUCAAAAAGAGGCCCUUUCUUUGCUUCUUUGAGUUCUCAAGGAGGAAAAUCAAGAGGGAUAGAUUCAGAUCACUACAAAUGAAGUGCUUUCUCCUUUGAAUCACUUUAUACUGAUUUGCAUCUCUUCUAUCUUUCUUUGCUUCUUUUGAGGAAAUGGAGUAAUUUUGCGGCCUGAAAGUGAGAGGACAAGCACAUUUUAGCUCCUGAUAUUGGGUGACCGGAAAUGUCGUCUGGGAGUUUGAAUGCUGAAUUAUCAGAAAAGACAUCAUUUUUGGGUCUAAAAUUGUGGGUUGUGAUUGGUGUAUGUGUGGGUGCAUUUAUAGUUUUCAUUCUUUGUAUUUUAUCUAUAUGGAUGACCUUUAGGAGAAAAUCCAGAAGAACGCUGAACAAGUACUCCGUUUUUGAAAUACCCAAUGUCUCCAAAGAUAUCAAGGUUGACAGAGUUGGGGGUCAAAAUAUCCAUGAUCAUCCGGAAAGUUUGUACCAGGCGUUUAAUAAUAAUAGAUCAAGUGAUAAGAUCUCGGAGAAAAUGUUAGUUCAUUUGGGUAAGAGCAAAUCGAGUGAUGCUGAUACUAUUAGCCAAUGCAGCUCCAUGUAUCAUCAUGAAAUUGGUUGUAGUUCGCAAUCAGGGGAAGAAGGCAGUUCAGGGAAUGCCCGGAAGCAGUCUUCCCUAUCUUAUGGACUUGCAAUGGCCUCUCCUUUAAUUGGUUUGCCAGAAAUCUCGCAUCUUGGUUGGGGUCAUUGGUUUACUCUUAGAGAUCUGGAGCUUGCGACAAAUCGUUUCUCGGCGGAAAAUGUGAUAGGAGAGGGUGGAUAUGGAAUCGUUUAUAGAGGCAAACUAGUCAAUGGAACUGAGGUAGCAGUGAAGAAGCUUCUUAAUAAUCUGGGGCAGGCAGAGAAAGAAUUCAGGGUUGAAGUGGAGGCCAUAGGUAAUGUUCGACAUAAGAAUCUUGUGCGGCUUCUAGGAUAUUGCAUAGAAGGGGUCCACAGGAUGCUGGUGUAUGAGUAUGUAAAUAACGGUAACUUGGAACAAUGGCUUCAUGGGGCGAUGCGCCAACAGGGUACCCUUACUUGGGAAGCCCGAGUGAAGGUUCUUCUUGGUACUGCGAAGGCGUAAGU